AUGAUCCAAUGCCCCUCCCUUGCCAAGGAGGUUUACACCUUCGGCGCACCGGCGGUCUCCCGCCCAGCAAUGCCCGACAAGACACAAGAGGACCAAUGUUUCCGCGGCCUGCGAACCUUUACGGAGAACAAGCUUCCUGGGGGUGGUCGGCAAGUCGAUGCGGCGUCCAUCUUUGAUGCCUAUGCACAUCCGAUCAUCCCCACCCUUGCUUUGGACUGGGGGCAGGACUCCUACUACGUCCCUUGCCCGGGAGAUGUCACCUGGCCGAAAGGCGGUGCUUCUGAUUGGGGCCUCCACUCAGAGACGCACUACGCGCCAAGGCUCAAGGAAGUCACCAUCGAGGGGAAGGCGAUGGCGGCUGAGGAGCCCUUUGCCAUGGCCAACAAGAUGGUCACUCUGGCGUACAAGAGUUACGACAGUGUGGCAAACACCAAGAAGGUUCCAGUGGAGUUAUUGGCUUGCAAGGUUGCGGCUGCUUGGAUGCAGGUUUUCAUGUCGAGCCAGGCUGUCUUGAAGCUUACGCAAGAAAAGUGGUGCGUAGCCAUCGCAGCCAUGGGGACCUGCCACGCGCGUGUGCAGCAGAUGCCAUAUGACCCUGCCCUCGACAAGCCCAUCAUUGACCGGAUCCAUGCGCAGCUGCGGCAGGCGGACGCCUACCAUCGGCCCGUGCAGCAGCCUGCAAAGCUAUGUGACUGGGGACUCUACCUGGGCGGUAUGCAGGAUGUCACGGAUUGCAAGAAGAUGCAGGAUCUCGGAAUCCGCGGCAUUGCUAAUGUUGCGUCUUCGGUGUGCAUCUACACACCGCGUGGGGAAGUGCCUGCGGGGGACAUGCGGAUUCUGCACAUUGAUGCCGACGAUGAUGACUGGUACCCCUUGCUCGAGAAGCACUUGUGUGAGUUUGAGAUGUUCAUCCAGAAAGCCAAGGAAGAUGGUGUCAAGACAGUGGUUCACUGCAAGGCCGGCCAGAACCGGAGCGCGGCCCUAUGUGCUGCUUACCUGAUUCACACUGAGCGGAUGAAGCUGAUGGACGCAAUCCAGCUUUUGGUGGAACGACGUGGUCUCGUUCUCACGAACUGCCACUUUCUCCGGGAGUUGGUCCAGCUUGCAAGAGCGGAGCAUCUCUUGGAUUAG